UCAAAAAUUUUCCUUCGCAGGUGCGUCACAGUUUCGUUGUGGGUUGGUGAAAAAUAGUUAUUUUUAGUCAAAAAACGAAUUCAAACUCGGCCAAAAUGACUUCAAAACAUAAGGACAGGGACCGUGAUCGUGAUCGCGAUGGAGAAUCCAGCAAUUCGCAUGCCAAAUCACGCGAUAGGGACCGUGAUCGGAGAAGAUCUCGCUCACGUAGUAAACAUCGAGACAGAGAGCGGGACCGGGAUCGGGACCGUGAUCGGGACCGAGAUCGUGACCGAAAUCGAGAUCAUCAUCGGAGGCGCAUCAGUCGUAGUAGGUCACGGGACCGGCGCCGCCGAAGUCAUUCGCGUAAUCGCGAACAGAGACGUUCCCGAGAUCGGGAGCGCGAUCGUGACCGUGACCGUGAUCGUUAUGACCAGGGAAGUAGUCGCAUUUCUGAGCGCGGCGGUCCCGGUCGUGGUGGCCGACAGGAAAGUCGCGACAAGGACAGUGGUUACGAUUACAAAGGCCUAGAGUUUACGCAAAGUGUCAUCGAGUCGAUGAUGUCUACGGCGGCGAAUGCAAAGAAUUUUGCCGAGCUACUGACCAGCUAUAGCCAACAGCAGCAGAUUCAGCAACAGCAACAACACAUUCAAGCCCAGAAGGCACUGAUCGAUGCACACAAUGAGAACAGCCAAUCGUCGGAGUAUGGCAGAGAUGGCGCAUGUGGUAGUGGCAAUAACAGUGGCAGUGAGGCGGACGCGCGCCGCAAGAAGAAAAAAUCUCGCUGGGCUGGAGGUGAUCACGAUAAAACAUUUAUUCCCGGUAUGCCCACUAUUCUGCCACCCGGAAUGAGUCAGGAUCAGCAGGAGGCUUAUUUAGUUCAGUUACAAAUCGAGGAAAUCAGCCGAAAGCUGCGCACUGGAGAUCUGAUGAUACCGCAAAAUCCGGACGAAAGAUCACCUUCACCUGAACCGAUCUACAGCAGUGAUGGCAAGAGGUUAAACACACGUGAAUUUCGCACCCGAAAAAAACUGGAAGAACAACGCCACCAGCUGAUUCAGCGGAUGCAAUGCAUGAAUCCGGAUUUUAAACCUCCGUCGGAUUAUAAACCUCCGGUAAUUCGUGUCAGCGACAAGGUCCUCAUCCCCCAGGAGGAACAUCCCGAUAUCAACUUCGUAGGAUUGCUGAUCGGACCGCGUGGAAACACCCUGAAGGCAAUGGAAAAGGAUACCGGAGCGAAAAUCAUAAUCCGUGGCAAAGGUUCCGUGAAAGAGGGCAAAGUUGGCCGUAAGGAUGGCCAACCGCUGCCCGGAGAGGAUGAACCGUUGCAUGCAUUUAUUACGGCCAGCAAUCCGGAAUCGGUGAAGAAAGCUGUCGAUCGGAUCAAGGACGUCAUUCGACAAGGUAUCGAAGUUCCAGAGGGGCACAACGAUUUGCGCCGUAUGCAGCUGCGAGAACUGGCACAGCUCAACGGAACACUGCGCGAAACUGACGGUCCACGCUGCACGAACUGUGGUUCCAACGAACACAAAACUUGGCUCUGUCCGGAUAAACCGAACGUCACGAACAACAUCGUGUGUUCGUCAUGCGGUGGAGCAGGUCAUAUUGCAAAAGAUUGUCGCAGCAAACGGCCCGGUCUGGGUGGUCCACCAACCGGUGAAACCCAAACCAAGAUCGACGAAGAGUACUUGAGUUUGAUGGCCGAACUUGGUGAAGGUCCCCCUCCGGAGAUAACUCAACAAAGCGUUACUACGACCAGAUCCUAUGGGUUGUUCGAGCCACGUCAAGCUCCACGUGCUUUGAUGCAAACACCGCACAUUCCCCCACAGGCCCCUACAGCUCCGACCACUUCUGCCCCCAUGCCACAUCAAUGGGGUCACCAGGCUAUGCCACCGAUUCCGGCUCCACCACCGCCACCGCCAGGAAUUACACCCCUAAUGCCUUGGGGAGGGCAACCACCUCCUCCAGGGGGCAGCCCCGAAGUGCACCCUCCAGGUACGGCACCCCUUCCACGGUUCCCACAAAGUUAUCCACCACCACCGGGAGUCUCACCGCAACCGCUUGCUCCCGGAACUGGCCCUGCUCCCUCAUGGGGCGGAACCAAUGGAUCAGCUCCACCACCACUGAUGCCACCGGGUACGUGGUCACCCUCCACCUCCAGCAGCUUCAUUCAACCGCCACCCAUGCCGCCGGGUAUGCCACCAGCUCAUUUGCUAAGUGCGCCUCCACCACCACCACCACCCUCAUCAUAAGCAAGGGGCAAAAAUUUGACAUCAUAUUCACUGACAAUUUCUGAUACCGGUAGCAAAUAUGCUUUAAUCGAAACUGAUGAUUAUCUUCGGAUUGUAAGUGUAGCUACUUUUGUUUUCUGCAUAAAAGUAAAUUGAAUAGUACCGGAUUUUAACAGUGCGCUGAGUAA